AAGUGGGUAAACGUAUAAUUGAUGUUUGGUUACAUAGUUAGAACUUUGGAAAUUGGCACGGAAGAAUGUUUGCCUACCCGAAUGUUUGUAUUUGUUGUUUCUGCUUUCGCUGUCAAAUGAGUAAUCACACUUUAAAUUCCAUGGCAGACGCUUUGUUUGCAAGCCUAAGCAGCCAUGCAGUGAGAGUUAGGGCACAAAUCACGCUGUUCUAUACGAUCAAGAGUGCAAGUGGUCGGAUGAUUCGGAUCUAGUUUGAUGAUGUGGGUAAUUCAAUGAUCUAGAUUCGAUUUCGAUGCAAUUUCUAAUGUAUAUUUUUGCUAUCCAAUCUAUUUUGCAAUGCGACGCCCUUAUCGUAUCGAUCAAAUGGGGAAAUUCCAAGAUUUUCUUGAAAAAUUUUUACUAUUUGAAAGGGUGAUGAUAUCCGUAUGGGUAGCCGCUUGACUCGGAAGUGUUUGGAAGUAGCAAGGUGGCGAAUUUACUCAGUGAGGAUAUUCAUCUCUCUCUCUCUCUCUCUCUCUCUUGAGUUCCUGCAUUUGCCCGCGAAAUCAGGAUCAAAUCAAUCGUGUAUUGUUAGAGAAAGAGUCCCCCCUAUCUGCAUGGCUCUUUUCCGUCAUCCCCACGUCGAGAAUCGCAAGGUUGAGUUUGGUGCAUGAGACGAGUGUGCUUGUGGGGGACAGAGAGAGCGAGAGAGAGAAACUGGUCGUAGUGAUGGAAGAAUCUGUUUUCCCUUCCUCUUCGUCAGUGUUGGAGCUGCCGGCGACUAGCUCGCCAUCUUUGCUGAGCAAUUCUCCUCUUUUUUUGGCUUGGGCGGCUUUUGCGAUUGGACAGUCGUUCAAAUUCUUCAUCUUGUGGUAUAAAGAAAGGCGAUUCGAUGCUAAGCUACUCAUUGGAUCUGGUGGGAUGCCGUCAUCUCAUUCUGCCACGGUUACGGCACUCGCAGUUUCUAUUGGACUCCAAGAAGGAUUUGACGGAUCACUAUUUGCUGUCGCAGCAGUCUUGGCUUCUGUUGUCAUGUACGAUGCUUUUGGUGUUAGAUUACACGCUGGGCGGCAGGCUGAGGUGCUGAAUCAGAUUGUAUUUGAGCUACCGGCAGAGCAUCCUCUGUCUGACACUAGGCCGCUGCGUGAACUUCUGGGACACACUCCACCUCAGGUUUUUGCUGGAUCAAUGCUUGGACUUGCUAUUGCUCUUGUGGGCUAUGCCAUAUCUAAAUCAGUAAUUGUGGGGUGAUACACUCUUUAAGUGAUCAGCUGCUUCACCAAGAAGUCUCUGCACCAGUAGAUGCUGACAAUCACCUUGAACUCAGGAAGUUCUGCUAUAGACUUUCUCAAUCAGCUUCUUGCAUCUGAUCGGUUAUUCACUGUGACAGUGUGUUGUCACAUGUAGCGUGAACAUUGGUUCUCACCUUAUUUGCUUGGAAGCAAUAAGUUGCAUGUAUAUAGGCAAUUCUGAUCCACUUUUCUGAGAUUGAUUGCGUACUCUUUUCUUUGGCUUAUUACAUGGUCACAUAGUGUCAGUUUCUAGGUCGUGUGUAUGGCUUCAUCUCUAUCCAGAGAUGGUUAUUCCUGGUUUUUCGUGUUCUCAUAAAUUUUUCUCAUUUUUCAUGUAGAAACUUCCAUUAGUAUUUGUUAUCAAUAUUUUUGCACUGCUC